UUGCGUAUACACAAUAUGAAUAAGGUCCCUGUAGUGUAAUGGUGUUCUGCACACACCACUGUAAAAAAUCUACACAUACUGUAUCUGUAAAAUCAACACCUAUGUGCUGUGUUUGAGUUUGAUUCAGUGAUUGACUCCAAAUCAUGAAAUGUAUCAGCCAGUCCAAACAAAAAAAAAAAGAAAACGAAAAGUUAACUAGAGAGAUGAAAGACUAAGGACACAGUCUCCCAUAAAUGUGUUAAACAUGCAAACCCGUGUCAUUAUUUAAGCUCUUUAUUAACAUUUUAUAUUUGUAAAAGAUACUCUAUAAAGGGUUAUAUGGCUGUUAAGUGUUAUUCGUGGACCAGCAAUUAAAAAAAGUAAUGGACUAGUCAUCUUUUUAAUAGUUAAACAAAAAUGAUUAAUGGAGUACAUUUCUUAAAAAAAAAAAACAUGGCCAUUUGUGAACUUUUAAUAUUUAUUUAAUAAAAAUAAAUAACAUAAAAUUACAAUGCAAAUUAACACUAAAAGUAUAUGACCUAAUAGUGUACUGCUGAAUAGUUCCUGUUAGCCCUUUGUUUUCCUAGAAUUAUUCUGUUCUACUUUCAGUACCUAGGUGUUAAUCAGCCGAUAUUAUAAUCUAAAAAUAUGUUUAAAAAUGAAUAGCUUUAUUUAGCCCUUGAAAAGUUCACAAAAAUGCUGCUGUGGCCUGGGCAGAAGUUGAGUUUGACACUCCUGCCCUAGUCGACUGACCCUCACUUGUCAAAAAAUUGUACUGCAUAUGUUUAGUGUUUUGUUUCUCUAAUAAAUCCAUUUAAAAUUUAUUUAGCUAAAUAUCCGCUGAGUUGAGCCUAAUCUAAAUUCACUUAUGUGUUUCACUACUUUCCUAACCUUAACAUUCUUUACCCUAAAACAUUCAUUGGGUUAUAAAAUCCCAAUAUGUACCGCAACUAUCACUGUGAGGAGAAAAUAGAAAAUGAAUGAAUGACUUAAUUACAUACUGAUUAGGUUUUAAUAGUCAGUGACUUUAUAAGAUUUUGCAGCCAGUUGCUCUCAGGAACAUCAAUUCAAUGAUUAAUUUUGGAAAUAGGAUCAGAUGCCAGGUCCUUCAGGGGCAAGGAGAGAGUCAGAAGACCGACCAGAGCAAGUCAACACCCAGUGCCAUUUCAACAACCAGCAGCACAGGAAGAAACCUCAGUUUCCCUUGACACCCACAGAUGUGGUCAGGCAUUUUGGGGACAGGUUGACUUAUUUUGAUCUGAAAGAGAUCAGUGAAUACUCUGAGAUCUGGUACCUGGGCAAGAAAAUUGGUGGAUCACUUCGCAAUGCUGAAUUGAAUGGCAACAUCUUCCAGGUUUCCCAUGAUCACAUAGCUUAUCGGUAUGAGGUGUUGGAAAUGCUUGGAGAAGGAUCCUAUGGACAGGUUUUUAAGUGUCUGGAUCACAAGACCAAUGAGAUGGUGGCUAUUAAAAUCAUUCAAGACAUGAGAACUUACAGGGAAGAGGUGGAAAUCCUCGAUUAUUUGAGGAAGAAGGACAGAAAUGGCUCCUACAACAUCGUCUUCAUGAAGACCCACUUUUACUUCCGCAAACGCCUCUGUAUUGUCUAUGAGCUCCUGGGGCCAACUUUAAGUGAGCUAAAAAGAAUUCAGAGAUUCAGCAAAGCUGAUGUGCGCCGCAUUGCCAAAGAUGUGGUCAGGUGUCUAAGGUUACUAGAGAAAGAGAAAAUUAUCCACGGUGACCUGAAACCUGGGAACAUAACGCUAAAAGAGAAAGGCCAGGGUGUCAAGGUGAUCGAUUUCGGAGGCAGCAGCUUUGAGCAGAAGAAGCUGUUCCCAGGUAUUCAUACUCGUAUCUACAGCCCUCCAGAGGUAUUAAUGAAAAAUCACUAUACCACUGCUAUUGACAUGUGGAGUCUGGGCUGUAUCCUUGCUGAGCUCCACACUGGACGGUAUCUCUUUCCUGGAGUGGAUGACUAUGAUCAAAUAGCCCUCAUCAUGGAGGUGCUUGGAAGGCCUCCAACUGAAUUUGUCCAGGAGGAGAAAACUUGGAAUUUUUUCUAUAACCAUAAAGGACACUGGAGGAAGAUAUACGAUAGCAAAGACAGGGUGAUAAAGCCGCGUUCCAAGGAUCUGAAGACAAUUCUGGAUACUGAUGAUCUUCAGUUCCUGGACUUUAUCCAGCGCUGCCUAAACUGGAACCCUGAGAAGCGCCUCACUCCUAUGGAGGCUAUGAAGCAUCCAUGGCUUCAUAGUGACAGCUGUAGGUGCAGAGCCAGGACAAGAGCUCCAAAGCAAGCCAGUUGAGAUGACAGCAUGGCAUUUACCAAGCAUCCCUACCUUUAAGACUCUAAUGAAGAGGUUUUACGGCACUGAUUCGGACACAGAAGAACGUUCAGGGAGAGUGAAGGAGGUCUCUUCUGAGCACACCCCACACGCCGCUGUUGAAGACUGGAAUCACAAGGGCCACGUCCCAAACUGCAAACUACACAGCAUUGGCAGACAGGAGGCGUUGUUUGGAAGGCAUUACCAGCAAAACGUGCAACUACCAGAAAAUGUUGCCAGUGGUUUGGAGAUUCCAGAUCAGAUUCCACCUAUAACAUUUACAAGCUUAGCAUUUUGUUAUUAGAAUAGUGGAAAUUGGAGGGUUAUCUUUAGGGCUAUUUACUUGAUCAGAGGUCAUACAAAAUUUUCAAGGAAAAUUCAGCAGGGCUCCCAAAUUACUGACCCACGCCAUAGACCCGGGCUAUUCAUCAAGAGGCCCACUGACCUUUUCCCUUCACCCAGUUUCUUUUUCUGUCACGUUGCAGUGUGUAUGUCACAGAUUUAACUGGAUAACCAAACUAAGUUAUUCAAAUGUCUGACUGCAGUCAAGACAGAAAGACAGACACACAAUUCUAUUUCACUGCUGCAAGAAAAGCUGAAUUUUGUGCACAUUCUCAAAGUGUCAUUUAACCCUCUCCUGUUGAACUCCUAUAGGUGGGACCCUAAGCAGUGUCUCACCACAAAGGAUGCAGCAUCUCUCUUCAGGAAGAUUGCUCCAGGAGUGGAACCAGUACAAUUUUGAGAAAAUGUACAAUUCUGAUUUUAUCUUAGUGUUGUCAAACCUCCAACACAUUAAUGAUAAUGCUAAACUAUGUUCAGAAUGAUGAUGCACGGUUUCUUUCAGCUAUGCUAAAAUGUCCAGUGUCAGCUGAGGAGAACAGCUCCCCUAAGAGUCAGGUCUCUCCUGAGGUUUCUCCAUAAAGCUAACUAAAAAUAACCUGGAGUUUUUCCUCACCGCUGUCACUCUUUUGGGGUUAAGGCACUGGAUAAAGUAGACCCACAUAAAAUGAGAUCUAUUAUGUGUAGACGGCAAUAACAUUCAGGAAUGAUGGUGAUUUAAUCUGUGGUGAGGAGAGAGUGGCCCUCUCAUCACCAAUACAAAAUGUGGGACUGUUAGAUUCUAGACUAGUCAGCAGAGAUAAAUCAAAAGUAAGCCUAACACUCUGUUCUCUAUGUCUCAGACAGCCAUCAUAGCAUUGCAAUAAAACAUAGCUUCUAUAAAGUGAUGUGUUGUUGAUCUUUACUGCAAAGUUCCCAGGGAAUCUCCUUAGUGAGAAGUUUUAGUGAGGAAAAUCUUACAAUGGGAAACCAUAUCAAGGUUCCCCAUCUUAAAGUAAACCCAGGCAGUGUGAAGCAGCUCAUAAUAAGAGAAUACAGCUUUAGUUAUUGUACUUUUUGGGAAAGAUAAGUGAAGCGUUAAGUGAUGUAACCUCAGUGGUACCACAUAUGUACAGUAAAAGUUUUCUGCUGACACUCACAGUUCUUGU